UGACAUCCAGAUUGCAGCGAAGCUGGCAGCGACUGGGACCCAGAGAGAGGGGAAAGAAGUGAAAUCUGGAGAGGAGGCUUUUCCAGGAGCUCAACCCAGAACAAGCGCUUCGGAGCCACCAGACUCGGGAGACUUUUUUCUUUGUCUCUUUUUCUUCUUCUCCUUUGAAAUGUAGUUGUAUAUUUGAGAAAAGAAAAGCCCAGCCUCACUAGUUGAUGAGAGAGGUUCUGAGCCGCUAAGGCUCCGUUUUGCAGAGCUCCGCAGCGCGCCGCAUCUGCUUUUGCACAGCCGAACAUCAGCAGCCGUUUCCCCGCUCCAAACCGCAGCCGCCCCGCUGCCUUGGUCCCGAAAUGUGCGACCUGAUGCCGGCCUCCCAGCCCGCUGAGAAGAUAGGCAAGAUGAAAAAGUUGAGGAGAACUUUGUCGGAGAGUUUCAGAAGUAUCGCUUUCAAGAAGGAAGACAGCAGCUUUGAUGAGAUAUGUGUCACAAAGAUGUCCACACGCGGCUGCCAGGGAACAGACUCGGUCAUCAAGCCCCUGGACACCAUCCCUGAGGACAAGAAGGUGAGAGUUCAGCGCACGCAGAGUGGCUUUGACCCGUUUGAGAAGCCUGCCAGCCAGGUGAAGAGGGUCCACUCGGAAAACAAUGCCUGCAUUACCGCCAAGAGCUCAUCUACUGGGAAAGAAUCGCCCAAACUGCGCAGGCACUCCAGCCCAAGUUCUCCCACAAGCCCCAAGUUUGGAAAGGCAGACUCAUAUGAGAAGCUGGAGAAGCUGGGAGAAGGCUCAUAUGCAACAGUUUACAAAGGAAAGAGCAAGGUGAACGGGAAGCUGGUGGCUCUGAAAGUGAUCCGUCUGCAGGAGGAGGAAGGAACACCCUUCACAGCCAUAAGGGAGGCGUCUCUUCUGAAAGGACUGAAGCAUGCCAACAUCGUGCUCCUCCAUGACAUCAUCCACACCAAGGAAACCCUGACUCUGGUGUUCGAGUAUGUGCACACAGACCUGUGUCAGUACAUGGACAAACACCCAGGCGGUCUCCACCCAGACAACGUGAAGCUUUUCUUGUUCCAGUUGUUGAGAGGCCUGUCCUACAUUCACCAGAGCUACAUCCUCCACCGCGACCUGAAACCACAGAACCUGCUCAUCAGCGACACUGGAGAGCUAAAACUCGCUGACUUCGGCCUUGCCAGGGCCAAGUCAGUCCCCAGUCACACCUACUCCAAUGAGGUGGUGACCCUGUGGUACCGGCCUCCAGAUGUCCUGCUGGGAUCCACCGACUACUCCACCUGCUUGGACAUGUGGGGGGUGGGCUGCAUUUUCAUCGAGAUGAUUCAGGGAGUGGCUGCCUUUCCUGGAAUGAAGGACAUCCAGGACCAGCUGGAGAGGAUAUUCCUGGUUCUUGGAACUCCGUCUGAGGAAACAUGGCCUGGCGUUAACUCCCUGCCUCACUUUAAAACAGAACGCUUUACAGUGUACAGCGCCAAGAAGCUUCGACAAGCGUGGAAUAAGUUGGGCUACGUGGACCACGCUGAGGAGUUGGCCUCCAGGUUCCUCCAGUGCUUCCCAAAGAACCGGCUGUCAGCGCAGGCAGCCCUCAACCAUGAAUACUUCAGCAACCUUCCUCCACGGCUCUGGGAACUGCAGGACAUGUCUUCUAUCUUCACUGUACCAAAUGUCAAGCUGCAGACAGAAAGCGGGGACAGCAUACAGGUGUGCGCACGGAAGAACAGCCACGGGAAGGCGUCGUCUGGCAGCAAGCACUGACCUGCGGCAGCAUCCUGCACAUGACUGCCUGACGGGUGGCUGCUGUGAAAAAAGAAAAGGUGAAGAUAAAGAUGGUGACAUCGAGAAGGCCUCCAGCUCUCUCUUUAUUUAUUACCUUCACUAAAUGUAUGCGUGAGUGUGGGCGUGUGCGUGUGUGUGUGAUGUAUGCAUGCAUCAGAAGGUGAGUGAAAAGGUGUGCAUUUUGAAUGGUACUUAAGAUUUCAGACUAUUAUUUGCAAGUUUUGUUUACUUUUUAUAAGGUUCCAAUAACUCAUAUAUCAUUGUCACAGUAGAAGCAAAAGAACUUUACUAUCGCUACAUAUUGUGUUUUGUGUUUGUAACUAGCCUCCUAUUUAAGAAUGUAUAUUUGUAUGUAUGACGUAAUCAUCUAGAAACUAUAUAAAGGACAGUUUUAUUAUUGCUUGUUACCACUGAACGACUCUCACCAGGGAAGCUCUCCCUGUAGACACACACAUUCAGGAGGCUCAGUCCAAUCAUGCUGAAGACCACAGGAAGUCCUUAGGAUUCUGAUUCAUUUCUGUCCAGUUCAGCUCUGAUUUGUGGACUUUUAGAGGGGAAAAAAACAAUAAACAAGAUGAUGAUGAGGAGAGCUUUAAAGUGAUGCAACUUGUCCCCUGGCAGCCAUGUUGGAGGUCCUUCAUUCUUCAUAUUUCAGAUCGAGACCAGUCGCUGUAAAAUGUACUUAUUUCCUGGUGAUGUUAUGAAUCACUUUUGACUUUGUGGUUAAUAUUUUUGAAAGAAAAGCUCUUUUUUAAUGGUUGCUGGGAGUUAGAGAGACAGUAGCAGCUAUAAGAAAAAGGCAAUUAUCCUAAAAUAUUUAGCUUUGCUGUUUUUUUGUUGUUGUUUUUUUGCUCUAAUUAUGCAUGUCAAUAUCAAAUGAAAAAAGACCUUUCUAGUUUCUUUAAGGAAGCUGAUAAAGCUGCCCAACUCUUCCAAAUAAAAUAACAUAAAAAACACGUGGUCUCAUGUACAAAGAGUGGCACGGAUUUCCUGCUGAACCAAAAACACAGGACCCAGUAUUUGAAGGGGUUAGGGACCAAACCUGCUCACAAAUAGAUGGAAUCCACAAAUAAUUGAGAGUCUUUCUCUGAAAAGCCUGACAGCUGCUUAUUUUAUCAUUCAAACACCAAAUAUAUCUUAACGUGCAUUUAUACACAGAGUGGAAACCAUUUUAGUUCUAAGGCAGAAGCUAUCAACAACAAUCUUACUUAUCUUUACUCUUUGGGAUAAUCGGAAAAAUAAAUGGCGCUUCUGGAUUGGCCGGUUUACAAAUUCUAGCCAAUAGUGUGUCAGGUAGCAUUGAACCAAGUUAUUUUAACUUCCUAAUUUUUUUUUUAUUUAUUUUUUUUUAUUUUCUUAUAUAAUCUCUAUGAAAAAAUAUGUGAAUACUUCCAAAGAAAAAUCCAGAAUUUAGCGAAUACACAAGCUCAAAUAGCUGGGAGUCCAUUGUAGUUAAAUAUUUACCCUGCAGGGGGAAUUCUUCUCUCUGAAUUAUCAAAAAACAUUUCUUUAUUGAAAAAAUGGUAUUUGGAGAUUCUCCUUAAUAAGGUAGAUGCACAAAAAAGCACAGAUUUAACAAGUCAUGGUAGUAAUGAUUAACAGGUUGAUUUGCAAAACCUGUUAAUAUUGAAUACCUGUUACUGUAACAGGAUCACACACUGUUACUGUAAAUGAAGGCAGGAGUGUGCGGAGGGAAAGGUUGAAGCUGACGCAACUACUGUAAACACAAGAGGCACUCGGAGAUGUAGGGAUGUGAAAUAAGACAAGGAUUAGGUUGGAUAAAUGUCUCUGCUAAAGCUUAAAUAUGAUGUAUAUUUUAAAAAUCAUCAUUCUAACCUUGCUCUGUCUCUCUGAUAGGUUAAACUCAUGACAUAAUUUAGAUUUCUAAGUAUGUAUCUGCAGACUGAGGGACGCUCAGAAGAAUCCAUGUCAGGGCUCCAAAGGGGUCAGCCUGAUGAUGGGGAGCCAGAAAACAGUCUUAUCUUGAGAAAAGACAGGGUACCUCCAUUUUGGGUCAAAUGCUGUUAAGUUUCUCAGAACCAGCUGUGGUUUUGGCUGUGGUUCCGUUGGCCUUGUCUCUGUCGACCGGAAGAGACAAUCAGCGGCUCACUCUCUGAGCAGAUAGCAGGCAUGUUGUUGGAUGUUUGGUUCUUUCCUCUCCUGGAAUUCAGAUCUACAAGCAACUCCAAAAUCUUUCUACAAGAUUUAAGUAAAACUGGAUUGAACUACUCUUAGAAGAAAAACAGGUUGUCCUUUUGACAUUCAUUUAAAUUUGAGUGUUUUCAGCUUUUAAUGCUAACAAUUUAAAAGUUAUUGCUUUUUGACAAUGUCAGGAGGACAGCCUAUGGAAUUAAAAGAUGAUUUAGUUCAAUCUAAUGUCACCUGAGGGUGUUUUUUAAACAGUUGAUAGUAGUUUUUACAUCUGUACAUAUAUAAUAAUGUUUCAGGUCAGUUUUUGUGAGUUUUUAGGAUAUUCUGAUGUUACAGUUUAACUGUUAAAAAAUGAAGUAGUCACUUAGUCAAAUCGCUGAUGAUGCAAUGAAUACAAAAUGUUUGGUGCACAGAGGCUUAAUGAGCAUAAUAUUAAAGUAAAAAUAUUAAAUAUCCCAGCAUUAUAUUCACACUGUGAUGUAUACAAUAGCCUUAAAAAAUUAAAAAAUAUUAAUAAUAAUAAUAACAGUAAAGUCAGUCGAGUUCAAGGUACUUCCUACAGCAUGCUUUCUCACCAAAAGUCUAUCAUCUGCAGAAAAUCUCACAGCAGCCAUGACGUUUCCACUGUCCUGCUCAAAUAUCGAUGCUUCUCUAUUUAAUUUAUGGACAAUCAUCUGCACCCUUUGAACAUGAGGCUCCAGCAGUCUAAUAUUUCUAAAUGAGACACUAUCAUUGUUUUGUUGGGUUGGGUAGCGUCAGUGGACCUCCAUGAUGGAACCAGAUAUUGUUGUUGCAACCUGAAAGCUUUUCCUGAACAAUCUGUGUUGAACAUAUUGAUGAUGAAGGGACAGCGUAAAGUGCUUUUAGACGCAAUACUCCAAUGGACCACAACGGCUCUGGUGGAAACAUAGGUUUGAGCGUAACAAACAUGGGCAAUAUAAGUGUCAGUGCUUCCAUCUGAGAAUACGAGCUAAUGUACAUAAAGACAAAGCAGCAAGGCAAUAGGCUGAAAAGCCUCACUGUAUGUUUUGAUCCAGUUCUGAAAAAUCCAUCUUCCAAGUUUUCUGACAUGCCAAAAAAUUUGAUUGAUCCAUGUUGUUACCUAUAUCAGUUUGUUCCUGAGUCAAGAGUUGUGACUACACCAGAGUUUUCUUUGACAAAGUAAAUGUGUGAAGAUGGGUCUAUGUGCAGCCUGUGCUGUGAAGGUUGUGCAUAACUUUGACUCGUCCCUAAACCACCAACAUACUCUCUCCUGAGGCUGUUCCCUGAGAUGUCUUCUCCCCAAACCUUGCAUAUUUUCCUGGAUGUUUUGGAACUUUCUACUGAACAAAGCUCAGCUAUAUAAAGUAACAUAAUUUGCAAAAAUGUUUAAAAUGAGUUUUUCUAUUGCUAAGAUUUCUUUUUUUGUUUUCUUUUUGUGUAAAGAUAUUUGAAUAUUACAGAGUAGUUGUUUGGUGAUAAUUGUGAGGUACUAUCAAACUAAUGGCUUCCUUUUUAUUAGUCUGUUUCAAAACAAGUGAGACAAUAAUAACGGCCCUGCACUGUUGAACAGCCGAGAACAUGAGGCUGCAAAUCUAAAGCCACGGACAAAUGGAUACUGUAGAUAUUAUUCCUAUUCCUCUCUAACACACACAAACACACGCCCACACACUAACAUGCCUUCACUCAAGUUUGCAUUUCAACCCAUAUUAGGACUUUGUAUUGAUUUACAUUCAUUUAAGUAACUGCAUAUAAGCCUAACCCAGACAUUUUCCCAAACCAAAACCUAAUUCCUAUCAUACCUCUAACGCCUAACCCUAAACAAUGGGGUCCUCCGUAUUAGGACUGGGGCCCUUCGGUCUUCAAAAGGUUAGUAAAUAUGCUGGAAAUGGUCCUAAAUAUGAUAGCUAAACAAGUACACACAUACACAAUUCCAGGUAAUACAGCUGUAUUACCUAACAGGAGAAACUGCUCUGCAGAGUCUGCAGCUCCAGCUACAGUAUAGUUUACUUUCAAUGCCACUGUUCAGCUAAAACAGUGUUUUCUUUUUUUCCAAAAGGUUACUUAAUGCAACUGUUGCAGUAAAAAGUUCUCUCCAUCCAAACCACUAUUGUAUUUUUAGGAAUGAUAUCCCAAAGCUAGCUAAUGACAUGCUUUGGUAUUAAACCAAAUGUCACAGUCUCCUUCCUUCCUGAGUGAUGGGAAGGUGCAGCAUGAGAUGGAUAAACUAAACAAAAGUCUAUAAUGAUACAGAAGAGCCUUAUUUUUUGGUCUACCUGCUGUAAUCAGGUCAAGGUCUCAGACUAAAAUGUCUGACAAACCCUCCCUUUUGGCUCUACCUUAGAGGAAACAGUAAGUAGGUGGUAGUGUCAGUAUAGUGAAGUAUAGUCUGUUUGAUAAUUGGUACGUAGCAUUCAAUAUAAAUACCAUAGAAAUAUACCUAUAUGACCCAUCCCUACUAGCGUCUGUACCCUUGUAUGGCAAUAAUACAAUUCAUAAUAGCAACAACCAAAAAAUAAUCAUUUAGAAAAGUUCGUCCUAACCUAUGGUUCAGAUACACUUACAGUAACAACAUGUUUGUUUCUGACUUCAACUAGAGGAUUUUUAGAAAUAGAAGUUAAGUCAAAUGUAUCACAGAUUUGAAAAAAUGUUGCAUAUUGAGGGUUUUUCAGACCCACUCAAUAUUGAUCCAGUAACAAGCUGGUAAACAGAGAAUAAAUGGGGAAACCAAAAAUUUUUCACCUUUUCACACCAGAAAUAAAAACCCAAACAAGCCAUUUUCCACUUAAUAAAUGUACCUGUUUUCCUUUUAGUUGUACAUUUGUAGCGCUGAACUGGAGCCGUUGGGAAUAAAUGGUGGGACUGAGGCUGUUACUUGUAAGGUUGAUUCUGCUGUUUCUCCUGUAAAUGACAUCCAAGUGCUGCGUACAGGUGAGAAUAUCCAACCAAUAACAGGGAAGCUAUGGAGUUAUGAGGCACUUAGACAUUUUAUUGUGACUCUGUUCCAAUCCAGCUUUUCCAACCACAGAGUCAAACCUCUGAGGUUUAAAAAAGAUUUUUAAAAAGAUGAUGGGCUUAACUUACCCAGCAGCAUUUUAAAAAAUGCACUUUAAAUAAAAAUUGCCUUUAUGGUCACUUUACUCUCUGGCUUUCCCUAAACGAUAAACGCAUAAAUAUUCAUGCCCUCUCGCUCGGCUGGAUGCAGAGCAUGCCGGCUUCCUCACAAAUGUAAAUCUCAUCCCUGGAUGUGAACCCUUACAUGGACAGAGGGGAGCUGGUAGAACUGCUCUACUUGAAGUUAUCUUCCAGCUUUUCAGUGUCACCCGCAGGCUGUGAUUGUGCAGCAGGAAAAAGGGGAGGAGAGGCGGUGGGUAAUGCCACUAAAGCAGCGUGACAGAAGAGGGUUAAUACCAUCGAGCUGCGCUAAGAUUGCCCAGCCUCGAGUGGCUUUAGGGAUUGCAGGCAAUAUUAGCCAAGAAUAAUUAUUUUUGCUAUGUUGCUCCCUGUGUGAGCACGCUCUCCGUGUGCCUCGCGUUGCUUCGUAACACCCCCCAACUGUUUCCCGGAGCUUCUGCAGCCUGCAGUUUGCUGUAAAACUUUUCAAGUCCCACGUGGGCAGAGUUGAAACUCUGUUCAAACAGGAAUGUUCUUCAUACAUUUUGUAGAAGGUCCAGUGAAAGGGGUGGUAUUGCAUAUUUAACACUGUGACUGCAAAAUGAAAUAUCACCGGAAACGUGAAAGGUGGAAGCUUAGCGUAUGGUGGUAAACAGGGUUGGAAGAGUCUCCUUAGCGCUAAUGAAAAGUCAUGUAUGAUAACGCAUAUUUCUAUAAAUAUAUAUAUAUGAAAGGCCUCUAUUUUUGGCAUUUAUCAUGUGGACAUAAGUGGUUUGACUAUAAUAAACAUGUAGGUUGGCUCUGACAUGCAUCCUGGCUGUGCUCAUCAAUAAAUCUGUGUUUGCAAGAUUUUAAUGUGAAGCUUCUCUUGCAGUUUGCUUUUCUUUUCUACGCUGCACUGAAAAACCGAACAAAAACAUCCUUUUCACAAGUGGUUUGGAGUCGCCAAUCACUUUAUGGGGUGAAAUAAUAUUGUAUACUUUAGGAUAGCUGUUGCAUUAUUUGUUACAACCUCUAUGUAAUGUUAUUAUGGAAGAUGUAAUGUCCUUCUGUAAAUGUUUAAUGUUGUUUACCUGAAAUAAAAUUCUUCAAGGGUCUUAUGAA